AUGUUGGCCACCGAUGCAGCCACUCUGCUGCCAAAAGCACAGGCUUUGAUGACCAAAAUGCAGGCAAGCAACAUGGAGCUGAAGAACGAGAUAAAGCGCUUCAAGACGCUGAACCUGGUGUUACAGCAGGCAAUCGACAGCCAGCUGCAAAGUCUCCCGGAGCUCCAGUUCGCCGAUUCCACUGCAGCCCCGGCAACGCGUCUGGCUCAAGCUUGCGGCGCUCUGAAGACCAGAGCCCAAGAGCUUGAGCAUCAGAUUGACGAGAAGCGUCAGCGAAAGCUGCGGAUGCAGCGGGAGCUGGAGGAGAAAAAGGCCAAGCUGAAAUCGGUUUCCUUGUCCACCACGCCUGCCAAGUUGAUCGGCAGCCCACUGAAGCUUUCGCCUUCGUCUGGAACGGGCAGUGGCAUCAGCAACAUCAGUCGCAAAGAAGCAGCGCUGCUUCUGCAACAAGACCUCUUCCGGAAGAGAUUUCUACUGAGACGCGGCGCAGAAUGUCAGACUUGCCAUUGGCUUCUUGAAAACACUGCAUUUUGCAUGUGCUCGUCGACAAAACGACAGAGUGGCAACCAUGUUUUGCCCAUCAUCGACCCCGAGGAGCUCCAGCGCCUCGGCUCAUGGGCGCGAGUUCUGCAAAUGAAGCGCCAGAAGGGGGAGUUUGGGGUACUGGAGGAGAUCUUGGAUAAGAUGGCCGCCAACUUUGAGCAUCGACUGGAGCCUGGAUCCGCUCACUUUCGAGAGUUUGGAGAGCCUGGAAAGCAGGAAUGUGGCCUGGUCGUUCGGAGUGUGGGCUUCGACAUCCUGCCUUUCCAGGUCGAGCCGCCUUCAGACAACCUGGGCGGACUCUAUGUCUCGGGAUGGGUCAAGCGUGGACCCCAAGGUAUCAUUGCAUCAAACAUCGGUGAUGCCCAGGACCUUUCCCUGCUGGCAGACCUUGGCUCCACGAAUCGAAGCCACUCCGACACAUUAAACAACACAUGCGAGGAGACAGCGACGAAGGUAGUCAUGGACACCCAGGGCAAGCCAGCGAAGGCCUGGUCGACGGAUCCCGUGGUGGGAGCCCUGACAGAGUCAGGCAGCCGCGUCGUAGAGUUCCGGGACUGGCAGACUCUCGAGGCCGAGGACAGCCUCCACAUCGUCACGCGGCUUUUGCUGUCCAGGGUUUCUGAGAUCGGUGGCUGCGUAACUGUGAACAGCAAAGCUAUCCAUUACCAGGAGCUGCGACGUGGACAGGAGACUGGAAAGGCAGCUGCCAAAUUCACCAGUGUGCCUGACAUGCAGCAGCCUAAGACACUCUCGAACGUCUUCUCUGCUACAAUUCCUCGCGCGGGCGUAGCUCGGUUAAUAGCCGAAGGCGGAGAUGGAGUGACGCCGGAGACUGCGGAUCCAGACCAGAGCUUCGUGCGCAUCGGUUGGCAGAAAAAAGCUGUUCAAGCCAGCUACAUUGCCGCGGUGCCACCAGCAGAUGUGGAAAUGACCGACGCAGAUAAAGGUGCAGCCAAGGAAGUGGAAAUCAAAUUCCCCCAGCUCAGCAAGCCUUAUGCCCCUGAGCUGGAAGCUUUUGCCGUCCUCAUACUGGUAGUGAAGCUUUCAGACAAGCGGGACGACAAGCACAAGGCGAUGGAAGUCGCGAGUGCCAUGGUGCUCUGGUUGAAAACGCUCAACCGCCGCACUCUGGAUCUCUUCAAUGCGAGGGCGUACUUCUAUCUGUCGCUUGCGUACGAGAGAUGUGGACGGUUGUCUGAGAUCCGCCCAGAGCUGCUAGCUGCCUAUCGGAGUGCGUGCCUCCGGCAUGACCAGAUGGGCCAGGCAACGCUGCUGAAUCUGCUGUUGCGGAACUACCUGGCAUACAAUCUCUAUGACCAGGCAUUAAAGUUGGUCUCAAAAACCAGCUUUCCGGAGAGCCGCCCCAACAUGCAGUAUGCACGAUACUUGUUCUAUAUCGGGCAGAUCAAAGCCGUUCAGCUCGAGUACUCGGACUCGCACUCCAAGCUGAUGCAAGCAAUUCGAAAAGCGCCGCAGACCCCCGAUGUGGCUUUGGGGUUCAAGCUGGCAGCCAGCAAGUUGGCCAUAGUCGUGGAGCUUCUCAUGGGUGGAGUUCCCGAGCGAUCGUUCUUCACCCAGAAGGAAUUGAAGGAGCACCUCCGACCAUACUAUGCUAUCACGCAAGCCGUCCGUUCCGGCGACUUGCAUGCGUUCAAGGAAUGCACCAAGACGUACGAGGCGUUGUUCAAGAAGGACAAGACGCUGACCCUCAUCAAUCGUUUGAGAUACAAUGUCAUCAAAACAGGCUUGCGAAGCAUCUGCCUGGCCUACAGCAGGAUCUCUCUGCAGGACAUCUGCACAAAGCUUGGGCUUGAGUCCCCACAAGAUGCUGCCGGCGUUGUGGCCAAAGCUGUCGUAGACGGGGUGAUUGAUGCCACGAUCGAUUACGACCAGCAGUUUGUGAAGUCCAACCAGAAGAUAGACUUGUACCACUCUUGCGAACCUCAGAAGGCUCUGCACAAGCGCAUUGCCUUCUGCCUGCAGAUGCACAAUGAUGCUGUGAAAGCCAUGGCGUACCCGGACGAAAACGACAACAAGGACGCUGAGGAUCCGGAAGAGAAGCGAGAGAGGGAGAAGCGUGAGUUGGCCAACAUCGAAGAAGAUGGUGGCGAUGAUGACAUGAUGUACUUCACGCUCGACUUCGACAGGCAAAUUUUCUACUAUGCCCACAGCGAGUCACGAAAAUCCCAGGUCUCCAAGCCCAUUCACUUCAGGGACAUCCUGGGGGCUCAUGCGGGACACAGCUAUGAGCCGGAUGAUCUCGGUUGUCCUGGACAGGCGAAGGUGACGCGAAGCCUUUCUGGAGUGCUAUCAAGGCCGCGACCGCCGGCCCCAGGGAUCUUCCCAUUUACGGUGCGUACCAGAGGGAAGAGGCUGCGACUGGAGGCAGAGGUCGAAGCCGAAGUCUUUCAAUGGAUAGCCAUGCUGAACGCGGCACAUCGCAUAGGGGAGGAUGUGGAUUUGUUAUCUUCAUCAACUUGGCUUCCAGACGCCCCGACCGCGAGUCCCAGUUCCAGAUCGCCGAGGUCUGAAGCGGGAAAGGCUCCGUCCGUGACGUCGAUAGAGGCCUCCCAAAUGUCCACUACCGCAGAUGCAGAUGAGAACUACUCCGAGCUGGGAAUGCCGUCGCCACACUCCAAAGCAUGGUCUGAGACAGGCUGCGAGGAGCUGGAUGUCGGCGAGGACGCGGCGCUAGGCAUGGUUGCACCAUGUUCCUGCCGCAUCCUGCCACCUCAAGCUGUAGGCAGCUCAACAGUGGUUCGCCUGUUGCACAGCCUCCACAUUAAGAUCAUCCAACAACUGCUUUCUACUGGGCAGCAAGAUACUUCCCACGCUGUGCCCGAGUAG